CUCCGAUCGUGGCGCCCCAGAAAACUGUGCUAACGCAUCACAGCCCAAUGUCCUUCUCCCAGUGCGCAGACUCCCAUCUCCCCAUCACACGUCCGUUUACGUCACUGGCCGCACUGGCAGAGUGGUCGCCAGGAACAGACGAUUUCAAUGUGGCUACUAUCAAGUUGCGCCCUCGUCCGUGUAAAAGUGAUGAACGGCUAGAAAGGGUCAUUGUAUGUCACGACAUGGGUGGAGGAUACAAGGAUGAUUGUUAUGUGCAGGGGAAAGAGGGCGAUGGUGCUUAUACCAUUCAAUACUGGCAGUUUGUUGACAUAUUUAUAUAUUUUAGUCAUUGGAGAGUAACGAUACCACCGCCGGGAUGGACUAAUGCAGCGCAUCGGAAUGGGAUCCAAGUUCUGGGCACAUUCAUCACGGAAUGGGACGAAGGAGUCCAAGAAAAUUAUCGACUCGUAUUUGGUCCAGACUGGGAGAAAGGAUCAGAAGGGACUUUUAAUCCAUAUUUUGCAGAUAAGCUUGUUCAAGUUGCCAAGUACUACGGAUUUGACGGAUGGUUUUUCAAUAUUGAAUCACCGAUGGAUAAACCUGACGAUGCGCAUGUCAUGAUCGAGUUUUUAGAAUAUAUCACCAGGAAGAUGCCUGAGGUUUUACCUGGUUCUUUGGUGAUCUGGUACGACUCCCUGACAACAGAAGGUAAAAUUGACUGGCAGGAUCGUGUGACAGACCUCAACAAACCCUUCUUUAAUGUGACGGAUGGAAUAUUUACAAACUACACAUGGAAGCCAACCUAUCCCGACUCCAGUGCACUCGUGGCCGGCAACCGAAAACGGGCCGUUUACACUGGCAUCGAUGUAUGGGGCCGCAACACGUUUGGAGGGGGUAGAUUUAAUGUCCAUAAAGCAUUAAGGGUGAUUUGCCGUGCAGAGACAUCGUGUGCGAUUUUUGCUCCGGGAUGGUGUUGGGAAGGGUUCGACAGGGUAGGGUGGGAGGAGAGAGAGAGAAAAUUCUGGUGUGAUUCUUCAGUGGUGGUUCCAGAUUUGCCUGAGGGAUAUGUGGAUGAGAAUGACAUGGGCUGUGUUGCGGAUUACAUCCGCAAAGUAUCGUGUCCUGGUCAAGAUUGGUUCUACACCGAUUUUGAUAGAGGAUAUGGAUCCAAGUAUUGGGUUGACGGAUUGCUAGUCUCCACUGCAUCUUGGAUCAACCAUUCUCGACAGACGAUCCCGCCUAGCUACCGAGCGAACUCGGUGUACCCCAUUGCCCUGAACUUACGAUCUCGCACUAUUGGUCAGCACCUAAAUCCUGCGACGAGCGCUACGUGGGAUGUUUUUGGCGAUUUAGCUUAUACUGGCGGCUCAUCCGUCUGUAUGCAAAUAUUGGGGGAUGCCAAUAGUCAGACUGACGAUGACUGCAUCCCCGCAUGGAUGUUCCGGCUGUAUAAACUUGGCAUUGAGGUGCGUCGUGACAUGAGAAUUGAAGCUGUCUGCCUAGGACCCGGUAUGGGAAUAUGGAUACGUACAGAUGAUGGGCACGUAAAAGUCAUGAUGAGUGACGACGAGGAGGGUUGGCGAACUAUCAGAGUCGAUUGUCACCUUUUUGGAUCUUCAAAAUGGAUCGUGGAAAUGGGAAUUGUUGUUCUAGCGUGUCCGAGCAGUCCAUCUUAUGCAAGCACUGUGUUUUCAUCCUCGUCAUUUUCAUGUGAUUGGUCAUUCAAACCCGCCACCAAACUCGGCACUUCCACCUUGUCUGCCGAAUUCCAUUUAGGAUCCAUGCGGAUAUAUACACCUUGUCCCAUCCCGGAUCUUGAGGGAGCUCCCGAAAUUACUUUUGAGUCACCAACCCCGACAGCGGACGGUACGUUUAUAACUUCCAUAUGGAUGCCUGAUGCCUCCGUAGACCGCUGGGAAGUAUAUGUAGACAAUAAGUGGAUUGGAUGCGCCUUUGUGAACAUGUAUCGGUCUGUGCAUUUCGAGACUUGUCGUGUUGGGGUGGCCGUGAAAGGCUAUGAUGGCGUUGGGAGGCUAAUCGCCUCUAGAACGGGAUUAUUUUCCGGUGCAUUACCGCAGGAUGGAAUUUAACAGAGGAAUUGUAAAAUGUCCGGAA